UAAUUAUCAUUUUGUGUUCUAUCAGGUGGAAAUCCUUGACUGGAAGACAAAGAAACAGCUAUGCUUCCUAGAUAAGGUGGAACCAAAUGCCACAAUUAAGGAGAUCAGAUUGAUGUUCCAUAAAUUAUAUCCUCGGUGGUAUCCAGCAAGGCAGUCGAUAAAACUUGAUCCAAAAGGAAAGUCCCUGAGGGAUGAGGAAAUCCUGCAGCACCUCCCUGUUGGCACAACCGCUACCUUAUACUUUAAAGAUUUAGGGCCACAGAUAGGAUGGACUACGGUAUUUUUGAUAGAAUAUACAGGUCCAUUGUUCAUCUAUUUUCUGUUUUAUUUCCGCAUGCCUUUUGUCUAUGGACUGGAUGAGAGGUUUACAUCAAGCCCACAUCCAGUAGUUAACUUGGCAUGUAUCUGCCAUUCUUUCCACUACAUCAAAAGGUUGAUUGAAACAGUAUUUGUUCAUCGGUUCUCCCAUGGGACUAUGCCACUGAGGAAUAUUGUGAAGAACUGCUUAUAUUACUGGGGAUUUGCAGCUUGGCUUGCUUAUUACAUCAAUCAUCCUCUUUACACUCCUCCUUCUUAUGGGAAAAAACAGAUAAAUUUUGCUGUGAUCAUGUUUCUG